GGCAAGGUAGUGCUACUUAAACAGGGGGGAAAUAGAAACUGAGGAGAGGCGGAUAAAAGAGUCCCUGGUAGAGACAGCAAGAGGAAGAAAUAAAGCAGGGCAGAAGAAAAAAAGAAAGAUCAGAGGUGAAGUGUGGAGAAACAGAGGGAGGACAAGACAGGAGAGUGGUGACUUGUGGACUUAAGAGGCAGAGAAAUAAAGUGUAGAGAGACGGAAAAAGGGGGAAAAGGAGAGCGGUAUACGAGGGACAGCGAGAAACUGAGUGUGACACUGACAGCAGAGCCGGGAACCACAGAGAAAGAUGCAUGCCUUCCUGCUGCUUGGCUGCCUCGUCCUCGCUGCGACAGAGUACUUCCUUGCCUCUGCCUACAUGAUCCCUGAUGAGAUACUCUCCUCCAAUAGGGUCUUUGUAUCCAACGCCCUGUCUCAAAGCCUUGAGACAAGCCCACCUCCUGUUGUUAUUGUAGAGUUGCCGAAAUCAAGGAAGAGGAACAGGAAGACGAAGAAACAAAAAAAGAACAAAUCAAGUGUGAAGAAGCGUCCUCCUCCCCCUGCUAACUGCAUUCCCUUGUGGGGUAGCUGUAAAUCUCCCAACAAUGUGUGCUGUGACUUCUGUGCUUUCUGCCAGUGUCGGCUCUUCAGAACUGUCUGUUUCUGUCGAAUGGGCAACCCUCGCUGCUGAGCAGCCGCCUGCGGCCCGGCCCAGCUCCAAGCUAAAAGAACAGAAGCACACCACUUUGCUAAAGCAAACAAGUGGAAGUGAAGAGUACGAGGUGAAUCACUUCUAGUCCUUUCUUUGUAGCUUCGCCCCAAAUUCUCUGCAUGAAAGCACUUUAUUACAAAAAAAUACCCCACAGUGAAUUUACUUAAUAUUAAACAUGGUGUACUGCUUAUAAAAAUACAGUGACACUCGCAAAUCUUUAUUUUACCACAAGCUUUUAGCACAUAUGAAUUGAAUCCUUUUGCUCAAAUAUUUUCGUACAUUGCUUUAGUUACAUAGAAAUACACGAAUGCGCAGUACAAAAUAUUUUAUGAAGCCUUCUAAAAAUAAAGUCCAUGUGCAAUGUUUUAUAAAACAGUGUAUUUGUUUUAUUUAAUGUCAAGACCAAAGUAAGGUGAAUCCACGUUUAUUUAAAGGAUAAAGACAGAAACAAACUAUUUGUUAGUCUGUCUCACAAUAAUUCAUGACCAACCUGUCCGUGGAACUACAAACACAGAAUCCAAAAAAGAGUCAAUAAAAUAACAUUUUCAAGAAAUACCAUACUAUAUUUUUAAAAACAUACUUUACUAAAGCAUU